CCUCCCCGCGUCCCUCCCUCUCUCUCCAGCCUUUUUGGGGAGGGGCUCUCCACGCUCCGGGGAGUUUCCGAGGGUCGCCAAGAGCCGCGCUUGCCUUUCUAUUUCGCCUUCACCUGGAUAUAAUUUCCAAGCGAAGCUGCCCCCAGGAUGACCACGCUGGCCGGAGCUGUGCCCAGGAUGAUGCGGCCAGGCCCGGGGCAGAACUACCCGCGCAGCGGCUUCCCUCUGGAAGUGUCUACUCCUCUUGGCCAGGGCCGUGUCAACCAGCUUGGUGGCGUGUUUAUCAACGGCAGGCCACUACCCAACCACAUCCGCCACAAGAUCGUGGAGAUGGCCCACCAUGGAAUCCGGCCCUGUGUCAUCUCCCGCCAGUUGCGUGUGUCCCACGGCUGCGUCUCUAAGAUCCUGUGCAGGUACCAGGAGACUGGGUCCAUCCGUCCUGGUGCCAUUGGCGGCAGCAAGCCCAAGCAGGUGACAACGCCUGACGUGGAGAAGAAAAUUGAGGAAUACAAAAGAGAGAACCCGGGCAUGUUCAGCUGGGAAAUUCGAGACAAAUUACUUAAGGACGCUGUCUGUGAUCGAAACACUGUGCCCUCAGUGAGUUCCAUCAGCCGCAUCCUGAGGAGUAAAUUCGGGAAAGGCGAAGAAGAGGAGGCUGACCUGGACAGGAAGGAGGCCGAGGAGAGCGAGAAGAAGGCGAAACACAGCAUCGACGGCAUCCUGAGCGAGCGAGCCUCAGCACCCCAGUCAGAUGAAGGCUCCGACAUUGACUCCGAACCCGAUUUGCCGUUAAAGAGAAAACAGCGCAGGAGCCGAACGACGUUCACAGCAGAACAGCUGGAAGAGCUGGAACGAGCUUUUGAGAGAACCCACUACCCUGACAUUUAUACCAGAGAGGAACUGGCGCAGAGGGCAAAGCUCACCGAGGCUCGAGUUCAGGUUUGGUUUAGCAACCGCCGUGCGAGAUGGAGGAAGCAAGCUGGGGCCAAUCAGCUGAUGGCUUUCAACCACCUCAUUCCGGGGGGGUUCCCUCCCACUGCCAUGCCGACCCUGCCGACAUACCAGCUGUCAGAGACGUCUUACCAGCCCACAGCUAUUCCACAAGCCGUGUCGGAUCCCAGCAGCACCGUUCACAGACCUCAGCCGCUUCCUCCUAGCACCGUACACCAAAGUACUAUUCCUUCGAACCCAGACAGCAGCUCUGCCUACUGCCUCCCCAGCACCCGGCAUGGAUUUUCCAGCUAUACAGACAGCUUUGUGCCUCCGUCUGGGCCCUCCAACCCCAUGAACCCCGCCAUUGGCAAUGGCCUUUCACCUCAGGUAAUGGGACUCCUGACCAACCACGGUGGCGUACCCCAUCAGCCCCAGACCGAUUAUGCUCUCUCCCCUCUCACCGGGGGCCUGGAACCUACCACCACGGUGUCGGCCAGCUGCAGUCAGAGACUAGACCAUAUGAAGAGCUUGGACAGUCUGCCAACAUCUCAGUCCUACUGUCCACCUACCUAUAGCACCACGGGCUACAGUAUGGACCCUGUCACAGGCUACCAAUAUGGGCAGUAUGGACAAAGUGCCUUUCAUUAUCUCAAGCCAGAUAUCGCAUAAGUGAACUGUCCACUUGGAGCUAAAACUGGCCCUGUUUCUGGUCUCCACAGCCUACACAUGAAGAAUCCUUUCAGAAAAAAAAAAAAUCACCUUUUUGGGGGGCAGUCUCACCAGGACAUGAAGAAGAGUGAUUGAUUUUUUUUUUUUCUCCAGUAGUUGGUUUCAAAUUCUUUUGAACAUAUUGGACAAAAGCAGUGGAAGAAAGGAAGGACCUGGAACAGUGAAAAGACAAAUGCAACAUUUGAAGGCAAUGAUUUAACAUGGCUACAUAUCAAAUACCCCAGCUCUUCAGCGCUGAUGAUCAAGGAGCCAAAACAUUCCAGUUGUGUGCACGUGCGCGUGUGCGUGUGUGUCUCUGCGUGUGAGAUUUAUCUGGACUGGUUCAGGCAAGCAGAAUGUUCUAAAAUAUAGCCGGAGAGUACUCUAAACUAUAAAG